AUGGCUUUCGACAGAAUGCUGAAUCUCCUCUGCUCUGCGUUCGUAUUCGCAAUGCUCACCUUGGCACUCGCUGUGCCGGCUCUCGCUGACGUCACAACCACUGAAGCCAUGCCUGCUGCUGACGUCACAGCCGCCAGCACUACCACUGACUCACAGCUCGCCACUGCACCUCGCAAGCUGCUGCUGCUGCUGCAAGCCUCCAAUCCCACGCAGGUCAAGGGAGCACGCGUGGCGCGGCGGGCAGUGGGUGUGCCGGCCCUCUCAUGGGACGACAAAGUGGCAGCAGCAGCGAAGCAGUGGGCUGAUCAGCUCGCCUCCAGCGGAUGCAAAAUGAAGCACGGCGGGGCCAAGGGGCUUGGGCAGAACCUGUACUGGAAGCGCCCCGCGAAGCUGAACAGUGACGACGACCGGGCGGCGGUGCGGUCGUGGGUGGCGGAAAAGAAAGACUGGACGUACAGUGCCGUGCCAAAGGGGUGUGUGGGCGGCAAGAUGUGUGGGCACUACACGCAAGUGGUGUGGAAGGGUACCCAGCGUGUUGGGUGCGCUGCUGCCAAGUGUGCGGAUGGGGGGGGCAUGUGGGUUUGCGACUACUCGCCGCAGGGCAACAUGGUGGGGUCGACUCCGUAUUAG